AGGAUCUUGAAAUUCAUGGCCAACCAGUCCAGAAUCGCAUUCGGUCCCCAAAGAAAAGACACAAUCCGCACAUAGUAUCGCACACAAACCGUUUGUCCUUCUGUCAUAAUUUCGAUAUCUGCAGAACCCACCUAUGCUUCCAACAUCGAUUCGAUGAUAACGACUUGUGCAACACGUCUUAAUAGCUCGUACAAUUGUCCUCCGCAAUGAGCGAUCACUGAUAACAACCCCGACGUCAAGAUGGAGCUACCGGAGAGUCAGAACUCGAGGGAUGCGCGGAUUGAGAAGCUGUGGAAAGAGCUGGAUCCGCAGGAUAAAGGAGAGCUGGAUCUCAAUGGCCUGAAGAAGGGCCUGACUCGCAUUGAUCAUCCUUUGAAAAAUGCAAAUGACAUGCUCAAAGACGUUAUCAAAGCGAUGGACAAGAAUGGAGACGAAGUGAUACAGUAUGAGGAAUUUCGCAUUUUCGUCGAGAGAACGGAGAAGGAACUGCUCUCACUGUUCCAUUCUAUCGAUAGGGAUCAAGAUGGGAAGCUGAAUAAGGGCGAGCUGAGAAAUGCAUUCAGAACAGCUGGCCUGGCAGUUCCAAAUUCCAAGCUUGACCAGUUCUUCAGCGAGGUCGACCAAAACCACGAUGGCUACAUCAGUUUUGCGGAAUGGAGAGAUUUCUUGCUCUUCUUACCCACACAAAAUUCUCCUGGGCUGACGGCUGUCAUGUCCUACUACUCAUCUGCUGUCACAUUAAACGCCGAAGGCGAUACCUCAAUCAGCGAGGAGACGCUGGAAGGCCUAGGUAUGGAAUCACAAUCUCGAUUUUCGUCCCUGUCAGUCUUGUUUGGCGCCAUAAUCAAAAUCGCGGAUCCUUCACCAAAAGCCAAUCGAAAUUCGCCCACCGACUCUGCACUAGCACGACCAGAACCAGACAUUUCGCUAGAAUCUUCUGCUGUUGGGUAUCAGACGCCGAUUACCGAACGAACUCGACCUGCUGACAAGGCUAUGAACUUGGAACUCGAAACAACAGAUGAAGAAGAGGAUGAAGUUUCGGAGGAUGUUGCGCCUGUGAAGAAACUAUUGCUGACGGACAUUCUGCCCGAUCCAGGCUAUUUUGCAGCAGGCGCAGUUGCGGGAGUCGUCUCCAGAACAUCCACUGCCCCAUUAGAUCGGCUAAAGGUCUACCUCAUCGCCAAUAUCGGUCCAGCAAAAGAUUCAGUGAACGCGAUGAAGAAGGGUGAUGCAGUUGGUGUAGCAAAGACGGUCGGACGACCUCUCAUUGAUGCUACCAAAGAACUUUGGAAAGCUGGCGGGAUGAGAAGCUUGUUUGCAGGUAACGGCUUGAAUGUCAUUAAAGUCAUGCCCGAAUCAGCAAUCAAGUUUGGAUCCUACGAAUGCGCCAAGCGAGCAUUGGCACACAUGGAAGGUCAUAAUGACCCGCAAAACAUCAAUCCUUAUUCUAAGUUUGUCGCUGGAGGAGUAGGUGGGCUUAUAUCACAACUCUUUGUUUAUCCAAUAGAUACAUUGAAGUUUCGUAUGCAAUGUGAGACUGUUUCAGGCGGUCUACACGGCAACGCACUCAUCAUCGCGACUGCGAGAAAAAUGAUCAAACAAGGGGCUAUAAAAUCAUCAUACCGAGGUUUGACUAUGGGUCUUCUUGGGAUGUUUCCCUAUUCUGCCAUCGACUUGGGGACAUUCGAGUACCUGAAAGCACGUAUUGCCAGCCGUAAUGCUAAGAUCUUGGGAUGUCAUGAAGAAGACGCACUUCCGGGGUCUUUUGCUACGGGUUGUAUUGGAGCCUUCUCGGGAGCUUUUGGUGCCAGCAUAGUGUACCCAAUCAACCUUUUGCGAACGAGACUCCAAGCUCAAGGAACUGUUCUUCACCCUCCCACUUACACCGGCAUAAUUGAUGUCGCCCAAAAGACGGUAAAGAACGAAGGGUUCAAAGGACUCUUUAAGGGCAUUACGCCGAAUCUUUUGAAGGUCGUCCCCGCGGUCAGCAUCACCUACGUGGUCUACGAAAACGCUAAGAAGGCUCUUCAUCUGAGAUAGAGACUGCCUUGAAGACAGCAUCAUCAUAUUGCAUAGCGUGGAGUUAGGACACAGACGAAUUACUGGUAGUACUGCAUGAGGAAGUCUUCAGAUUCACGUCAAUGGUUUCAGGGCUACAUCGCAAAUACUUCAUUUGACGACAAUAUCUGCAAGACUUUAUGAGUGGCAUUGUAUACAUGUUGCAUCCUGAGCGAUAUUCCUGCUUGGGAGAAGCAUGAAAGAAAACUUCAGGCUGCAUAUUCCGGCGUUCGGUCUUAUUUCAGUAUUACUGGGUUGGCUAUUGGCGUUUAAGGAUACCCCAGACUUUUGACAGGUUGUGGUCAUAGGGAGUGCGUUUGAGUUUUGUGAGCCAUGCCAACAGCUAGAUCGCAUAAAGAACAGACACAUAAAUAGACAGACAUACAUCAGACA